AGAUCCCAUCUUCCCCCUGGAAUGCUGAAAGAGUACAAGAGUCGUUACCCAUGGUUCACUGAGGAACAUUACAUAAAGCCUCGAACUCGUCUUGCAAAUCAUCAGCGACGCUUGAGGCACAAAUCCCUCAUUCCCAAAGUGGUUCGACUUGCUGAUCCAUUUGAAGCUCCGAAACCAAUAACUUUUGUGCCUGCCUUGGAUAGAUCACCCAAACGCAUCAUAAGAAGUCGAUAAUGAGAGGGAUAUUAUCUGUGAUCAUUUGUCUCCAAGUGUGUCUUGGAUGCUGUUACUCACCUCACACAGAGCUAUCUCUUCUUUCCAAUGCAGUAUUCCUGCUUCUUACAUUUGGGUACGUACCUCUGACACCAUGUCAGGAAUUUACACACAACCAAACAUAUAGAGUAAAUAUUUGAAUCACUGCUUAUCAGUGCAUGUAGGACAUGGUGAUUACAUUUCAGUACUCAACAUUUUGUCAUGUUACCUAUUUGUCAGAAAGAAAAUGAGAAUAUUAAAUUUAAUUAUAGCAUAUUACUUUUAUCACCUGUGAAAUUUGAUCAACAAGUGUGAUGAAGGGUAUCAAUUGGUUCACUUCACAAAAGUGAAUAUGUCAAAUGUGUGGCUUUAUUUCCACAUUAUUAGUGUUUUUUC